GUAAAGACGUUCGGUGCUCUGAAGCUUGGUAUUGUAAAUGUAUAGCCAUGGUAAUCUAAAUAUUGAGAAGAGGUAGAGAAAAAGGUGAAACUUCUGCUUUUUAACAAUGACAAUAGAAAGCAGGUUCGGCCAAGAAUUGGGGUGAUUGCAAGGAGCGUGGGAACCGUUGUCGCCGUUUAGUUGAACGUCAAGGACAAGUAUUUUAGAGUUAAUUUAUGAGUUAUUAUCACUCAUGUUGCAUUGUUUACAUAGACUUUUAAGUUUUACAGCAGUUUUUCAGAGCCUAAAUUCCGCUCUUUCGAAUGUCCAGGCAUGAAAAGAAAAAAAAAAGAUUUAAAUAUCUUUCCACAAAGAAACUGCCAGUGUAUCACAAAACUUAAUUUGUGAUCUCCAUUUGAUCUGUGAUGUUCAUAUGUGUCGUAUAGCAGAAGCCCCUCACAAGAUGCUCAACUUAAAAUGACGAGAUGAUGAAAUGGAUGGACUUUGCUCCAGUACCAUCACAGUUAAAGGAUAAUAAAGACCUAAAAGCUUGAACAUCUUUUGUUUAGCCUUUCUAAUGAUGGAUGACUGGAAACCAAACCCCCAGGCCAAACCGUUCAUCCCCCGAAAGAAACGCAGCUGGUACCUUGCUUGGAAGUACAAACUUUAUAAUCAGAGAGCCAUCCGGAGAUUUUGCCAGACUGGGGCUGUUUUAUUUUUGGUGAUUACUGUUAUUGUGAACAUCAAACUGAUAUUGGAUACUAGACGUGUUAUGAAUGAAGAAGAUUCGACUCAAGACUAUGAUGAAAUACCACCAAAUCUGGAAACCCCUCGACGACCAUCCAAUGGCAGAAAGGUGUUGGAUAUUGAAGUUUACUCCAGUCGAUCUAAAGUGUAUGUAGCUGUUGAUGGCACAACUGUCCUGGAAGAUGAAAACCGAGAACAAGGCCGUGGAAUCCAUGUGAUUGUGCUUAAUCAAGCUUCUGGUCAUGUGAUGGCAAAGCGGGUUUUUGACACCUACUCUCCACAUGAGGAUGAGGCAAUGAUACUUUUCUUGAAUAUGGUAACACGUGGGAGAAUUCUUAUCUUUACUGUCAAGGAUGAGGGUUCUUUCCACCUGAAAGACGCAGCUAAAAAUCUGCUGAAGAGUUUGGGGAGUCAGAUAGCUUCAUCCAUUAGCUGGAGGGACAUGUGGACGUUUGUUGUUAAAAAGGGAGGACAAGUGUAUGGUGAAAAGCAUUCCAAGUCUCCUGCUCUGUCAACAUGGGGAGACCCUGUAUUGUUGAAAACAGAAGUGCAGCUUUCACCUGCUGAAGAUGCGGAGUGCCAUUGGCAAGACACAGAAAUCAACAGAAGAAGGAAAACAUUCUGCAGCAAAGUAGAAGGCUAUGGGAGUAUUUGCAGUUGCAAAGACCCUUCACCCAUUGAAUUAAACCCUGAAGUGUUAAAAGACAACAAUGUGUUCAAUGUUCCUGUCGCAGUUAUUGCUGGAAACAGGCCUAACUACCUUUACAGAAUGCUCCGAUCUUUGCUGUCUGCACAGGGAGUCAACCCACAGAUGAUAACUGUUUUCAUAGAUGGCUACUAUGAGGAACCUAUGGAUGUCGUCGACCUUUUCGGGUUAAAGGGAGUCCAACACACUCCUAUUGGCAUCAAAAAUGCCAGAGUGUCACAGCACUACAAGGCAAGUUUGACUGCAACAUUUAAUCUCCAUCCGGAUGCAAAGUUUGCCAUUGUUUUAGAGGAAGAUCUGGAUGUGUCAGUGGAUUUCUUCAGUUUUCUGAGCCAGACAAUUCAUUUGUUUGAAGAAGAUGAGAGUCUGUAUUGUAUUUCAGCAUGGAAUGAUCAGGGUUAUGAACACACAGCUGAAGACCCGUCCCUUCUUUACAGAGUAGAGAGUAUGCCAGGGCUUGGAUGGGUUUUAAAAAAGUCUCUGUACAAAGAUGAAUUGGAGCCCAAAUGGCCUACCCCAGAAAAGCUUUGGGACUGGGACAUGUGGAUGCGGAUGCCUGAGCAACGGAAGGGUCGUGAGUGUAUAAUUCCUGAUGUCUCUAGAUCCUAUCAUUUUGGAAUUGUGGGUCUCAACAUGAAUGGCUACUUCCAUGAAGCAUAUUUUAAGAAACACAAGUUUAACACUGUUCCAAAUAUCCAGCUUAAGAAUGUAGAUAGGUUGAAGAAGGAUGCAUAUGAGAAAGAAAUUCACAGACUUUUAAGUGAAGCAGAAGUUUUAGAUCACAACAAAAACUCAUGUGAAGAUUCCUUCAUCCCAGAUACAGAAGGGAAGAUAUAUGUGAUGUACAUCCGGAUGGAUCAUGAUGCAGACUUUACCACAUGGACUCAGUUAGCCAAGUGCCUUCACAUCUGGGACUUGGAUGUUAGAGGAAACCAUAAGGGAAUGUGGAGACUGUUUCGCAAAAAGAAUCACAUUCUUGUCCUUGGUUAUCCUUUUUCUCCCUACUCGGCCAAGAAACCUGCAUCGGUGACUCCUGUCUUUCUUGAGCCACCACUAAAAGAUGAAGCUGUGCCAGCUGAGCAGACCUGAGUCCAUCUUUGUCAUCCUGUUUCCAUGGGACAGCAGCAUAGCCUGAACCACUACUGAGACUCACCAGUACUGUAUGAAACUCUGGGCAACCUGUAUUUGCAUACAAUGUGAUUAAUGACUGUGUAGUCACAGCAGAUGUGCAGGGCACCCAUGAGCUGCAUCACUUGGCAGCUUGUUUAGUCAGCCUGUGAUCACUUGAGUUUAUCUUGAAUAAAAUGUAAUGGACUGUUUUUAAUCCAA